AUGCAGUGUAGCAGCGCCAGCGGCGCAUGCAGACGCGGGGUCCUGGCUGCCUCUACUGCUGCUUCUGCUGCUAUAACUGCUAAUGGUGCUGCUGCUGCGGCUUCCUGGCUUCCUCAGGACCAGCGGCGCCUCUCGACGCAGAAGCCGUAUGGGUUGCUGCGGGGCCCUCUCCCCUGCCACUGUGGGGUGGGGCCCUGGGGGGCUGCAUGCCGAGGUAGACAGAGGCCCUCUUGUGGGGUUUGUUGCUCGUUACUAAACAGCAAGACAAGGGGCCCCCUGCCUUCUCCUGCUGCUACAGUGUCUGGAGCUGCCUGCUGCUUCGCCUCUGCAGCAGCAGCUGUGCCCUUGGCCCAUGCUGCAGUUGCUGCUGCAGCGCGACAGACUGCAGCACUGGCGGCUUCAGGUGCAGCAGCAGCAGAAGAACUGCAGCAGGUUCCAAUUGGUAAGGGGCCCCAUGCCCUGAAGGCGGGGCCCUCAGAGGGAGGCAGCGAAGCAGCCGCCUGCCUUCCUGAAGGGGCCCCCGAGGGUGCUGUUCAAGACUCUGCGCUGCAACACAAACAGCAGCAGCAGCAGCAGCAGCAGCAAGAUGGGAGUGUCUCAGGGGACUCUAAGAAGGGUUUGUCUUUGGCGGCUGUUGUGUGGGGCGCCGGGGCUCUAGGCUGCAGCAUCUGGGCUGUGCAAUACAUGCGUCAGCACAACCUCAGCUUUACAGACUUCAUUAAGGAUCUCUGGAGACGAGCAGACGCCCAAAUGAGUGCUACCCACGACCGAAUUCAAAACGCAGUAGAAGACGCUAUUUGUAACGUUUUCCCUGAAGAAGACGAGCCACUUCUACCCGACUUUAAAGAUUUAAACUACCCUGAGUUCCUGCCUACUCUGGUGCUCGACUUUGACGGAGUCCUCGCAAAAAUUGGACACGAUAGAACGGGGGGCUACAAGCUGAGGAAACGGCCGUUCAGCGAGGCGCUGGUGAACCAACUCUCUCACUUUUAUGAAGUUGUCGUUUGGAAUGCAGAUCAGCCUCCUGUUGUACAGACUGCGUUGCAGCAGUGGGGCCUCCCCAUCACUGCUUGUUUAAAUUCGGACAACAUGUCUCGUAGACAAGGGCGCAGAAUUAAGGACUUUUCACGACUGGGGAGGCGGUUAGAUCGUCUAAUUUACGUGUCGUGCACUGACGAGGGACUGGACGACCGAUUCCGAGCCAACUUCAUUCGGGUGUCUCCUUUUGAAGGGACAGCUGCCGAGAUGCUCGCAGACCGGGAGUUGGGGGACUUGGUGAAUUUUCUUAAGCACUGUUCUUUAAGUGCAGAAGACGUGCGAGUAAGUAUUGCUAAAUACGGUGGAGGAGAAGACGGAGGCGUAGGCCGUCGCUUUGAUGAAGCAAAGAAAGCACAAGAGACAAAGGCCUCACAAAGAAGAAGUAUAGGGAAACUCUUCGGUAUUAGCUCCUCACAGGGGACAGCGGGGGGGCCCCCUGGCUUCCUUCCAACCCCCCAGCAGUCUGCUGCACUAGCAGCAGGAAGAGGGGGCCCCUCAGGCAGCGGGGCCCUCCGCUAG